UUUCACUUGCUUCUAGUAAAAGCUGGUUUUUUCAUGGCAAGAACUAGAAUGUGUUACAUAAAUUAUAAAUCAAGCAGUACAGAAGAAGCUAUUGCAACAAGAAGAUACCUAAAUUUUCAUACGCGGUCUUAUCUUUAUUUUUGAUAAAUAAACGGUUUUAAGGGUUCAAAGUUGCGGAUAACAGGUAGACACUUGAUUAUGACGUAGAAGGCAUCCGUCGUAUUUUAUUCUCUAGUGAUGUGUUUUUUUAUGGCUUCAGAAUUACAGGAAACUUGUCAGGGGAAGUGCUAUUCCGGGGAAUAAGUUUCUUGUUUUCUGCUUGGUUUACUGAUAGGAUAAAUGUAAGAAUAAGUGGGGUCUCAAGACAUUCUGAGAUAAGUUGAUUUAUGCUACACUACAUAGACUUGCAUACAAAGUACAAACAUUCUUCUCUUAUCCCAAUUCACUCUUUUCAUUCAGAGGGUUAGGUGUUGUGUUCUUGUCUAGCACAUGUUCUUGGUAUCUGAUUUCUGCUUAUAUCUUUGUUCUUGAAAUGUACUGAAAUGCUCAUGAUCAUGUAAAUUUCUUAAUUUGAUCAGGUGAUUAUGAUUGAGGUAGAAUAGUCCAGGUACAGUAUAAAAUGGCUGGAGACCUUAGAGUGAAAGAACAGUUUGUUUUCGAUUCAAGAAACAGGUCUUUAGACGAAAACUAUUCGUGUUAUGAUAGUUGGAUUGAUGGUAUGAGUGUUUCAUCAUCAGUGUUUGAGGUUCAGAAUCCUGACCGGUCUCCACAGAUAGUUCCAUUAGGCCCUUUCUCAAAAACAGCACCUUCUAAAUGGGAUGAUGCUGAGAAGUGGAUUGCUAGUCCUACAUCUAACCGGCCCAAGAAUGGGCAGCCUCGGGAGCAUUGUGGAGUUGGAUCACACAGAAACAGUACUUUUGGCUAUGGGAGCAGGCAGACUUCGACAAAGAUUGUUGCAGGAGUGCCAAUGGAGACGAUGGCUGUUUCUGAAGAGCCCGACACAAAGUGGAUGAACUCUAGCCACACAAGCAAGAAGAUUGGAGCUCAGAAGCUUUUCGGUAGGGGAAGUGAUGCAAAUCUAGUUCCUGAUUCCUGUAACAAGUCAGUAAUUAUGGUUGAUAGUUUUUCAGACAAAAGAGCAUGCAAUUUUAGUCAAUGUGAUUCACCACUGUCCAUCCACUGUGCAAGUUCCGUUACUUCACCUCUUACGACAGCUAGAUCAGUAUCUAUGAGAGAUAUGGGCACAGAAAUGAGUCCUAUCAGUAGCAGAGAACCUUCCAGGACCGGAACUCCAAGAAGAGGUGCAUUAACGUUAUCUCAAGUAAUUUCAGCACGCAACAAGUUGGAUCUGAACAGAACAGAGUUAUCUGAGAAGGAGGUACAGAUGAAAACUAGAAGGGAGAUAAUGCUUCUUGGCACUCAACUAGGAAAGAUCAAUAUCGCUGCCUGGGCUAGCAAAGAAGAAGAGGACAAGGAUGCAUCAACUUUGCUGAAAAAUGAAGAAUCGGAAAAACCAGCACUAAGUGCAAUUGAGAAACGUGCAAAAGCUUGGGAGGAGGAAGAGAAAGCCAAGUAUAUGUCAAGAUUAAAACGUUCAGAAAUCAAGAUACAGGCAUGGGAAAAUCUUGAAAAGGCGAAGGCUGAAGCAGACAUGAGAAAAACUGAGGUCGAGGUGGAGAGGAUGAGAAGCCGAGCACACAAAGAGCUCAAGGGCAAGCUAGCAGCUGCCAGGGACAAAGCUGAAAAGAAGCUGGCAGCCGCAGAAUCCAAAACGAGCCGCCAAAUUUCCAGAACAGCUAGGAAAGCAGAGUCCUUCCGCAGAACUGGUCAUACACCAUCCCCUUUUUUCUGCAUUCGUUGGCUUUGAAAGCCAGCAUUGCAUUCUGGCAAAAGUCUAGUAGUUUGAAGAACAAUUUAUAAUAAAUGUCAUCUAAAUUAUUAAGAACAGGAGCUACUUAGUUAUAGCAACUUUUAACAUGUAAAAAUUGUAAAUUUGCUGAGGAUCUGGCUCUCAUCAAUUUGUAUCAGCAAAUUCAAACACAAAAACAAUGCAAUUAUCUACUUAAAGCA